UGAAUUUGUAUUUUAAAUUUUUUGGAUAUUACCAAAUAUUUUUAAUAUCGGUCAAACUAAGAUAAAAAGUUGCAGAGAGUUGUGUGGCCCUUGUCAAGUUUUGCAUCUCUCAAUCGAUUUUCUUUUUUGCGUCGUAUUUGCAAUUCUCUUUAGCUAUUAGCUGUACUUUCCUGGAAACUGCUACUUAGACCUCGCCGUCACUCUUCCCUUUUUUGGUGUUAGGUGGAGUCAGCCUGAAGAAAGAGUACAACCUCAGAUCAGCCUGCCUACAUGGCGGUGCAGCGAUUUCAAUGCAGCUAUUCCAAUCAAGAAGAGGAAGUACUUCGUGCAGCCGCUGGAGGAAGCAGGCUCGGCACUUUUGGAAAAGAAUCCACAACCUAAUCAGCAAGGUGAUGCUAUUGUUGCUAGGAGUGCUUUGGAUUCAUCUGAUUCUGAUGCAAAUCAGAAAAUGAUUGAAAAACCAAUCCUUUCGGUUCCCUCUGUUUCCGUGGGGAAUGAUGAUAAACCGGAGAGUACUGGGAACGUAGUUCUUGACCGAAUUAGAGUGAAAGUUGAGGAGCCAAAUGUUCCAAUCCACUCCAGUCCUUUGGUGGCUGGCUUUGAGAUGCCUUCUAGUUCUAACAUAGUUGGCAGUUCUCUGGGAAAGCUUCCUGUGCCUGGUGUAGUUGAACAAACUGUUGUUAAGACCCAUGACACUGUUAGGGAGACAGUACCUGCUUCCAUACUAGGUUGUACAACUAGGAACAGUUCUCCAUGUUGGGAGAAUGAAGAAGAGCCUUCGGCACUGGAUUUGUCGUUAAGGAAGGGAGUUUGUGCACCUCAUAACACAGAUUUUGUUUCUACUGUUACCAAAUCUGGCAAUGACAGUGGUGUGAACAGAUCAAAUUGGGAUUUGAAUACUACCAUGGAUGCUUGGGAAGAUGGUCUAGAUCGCAAGACUAGAGUUAAGACAACUGGUUCAUUCUUUAACAGUAGUAACAGCAGAGGUUUCCGUGACAUAGAGACAUCAAGUUGUCGUGAUACGACUGUUAUUGCAAAGUCUGUUUCUGAAGAACAGAAGGAGAGUGUAGGAUUUAUAUCUCCUAGGGUGACUUUGACGCAGUUUGAUCAUCAGGUUAUUCCCGCAUGUUCGCUUAGUCUAGGCCUCAGUCCAUAUCCUCCUAUUGAGAAAUCUCCUUCUCUGUCAGCUACCACAUCGGAGGCAGGAGCUGCUUGUACAAGUGUUUCUAGACCAGUAAUGACUGCUGGUAAUGUAAAAUCGGUAAAUCUUAGGACUGUGAAGUCAGAAGUGAUUGAAGAGAGUGCUCAGGUUUUUCCAAUGGGGCUAUCUAUUAACAGGGUGAAACAGGAGGUCGUUGGCAGAUUCAGCAAAGAAAAUAGUUCAUCAUAUGGCAGUUUGAAGCCAGCGGCUCCUAUAUCAGUAAAGGCUGAGCCAAAUAACUUCACUCAGUCUGAAGUUGUCAAUAGGAAAGAUAAGUCGUUGAAUCAUCCCCAUACACCAAUAACGCAAUCAAAUCAGAUUCUUGGUUUACCUACAAGUUCUACGCCAUAUAUAGUACCUUGCCCUAGUGGCAUCAGCAGUGCGCCAACGUCCUUGAAUGGAGCGACAAGAAAUCCAUGCGUUGAGAGUUAUCCUGACUACACACUAAAUGAAAACUCAGGCCAGAGUAGCAGUGCAGCGUUUGAAAAACCAUGCGAAGCGCUGAAACAUGGAGUAAUUCGCAUGCCUUGUUCAAUUUCUGGUCAUGGAGAUCAUAACCACAGUGCAUCAGGUGUGAAUGUUUCCUUGACUGAAGAGAAAAUUUUAGGUGAUAGCAAGAUCAUUAUAUCGAAAGAACUCCCUGGUAAUUCUCGUGGAACUGGUGAACUUCUUAUAAGUGAUGAGGAAAAGGUUAUUUUAUCUGGUAAGGAGCUAGAGGAAGAAAAGUUAUACAGUUAUGGAUUUGAGUCAGAUUGUGCUUAUGAUCUAAAGAAGCAAUUUGGAAAAAGAUAUAUGUACGAUGACGGGAAGGUCCAGAGACCAGCUGCCGUUAUUGCAGAAGGUAAUGGACAUACUGAGUUUGGUGGUUCUGAAACUGAAAAAAGGGACAGUGCUGUUCCAUUUCAUGGUGGCUCUCAAAAUUGUAGCCAUGUGGAAGAAAAAGAGAGCCAGCCUGCAAUUCUUGGUAACACAGUCGAGAUUGCAAGCACUGAAGUUCAGAUUAAGAGGCUUACUCCAGAAAUUCAAAGUGGGAUAUUUGAUGGAUCAGGUGAAAACGAAGGACGGAUAGUUCAGGAUGGUGAACACUCGACCCAUAAAAACAUUCAUGCAAGUGAAGUAAUGUCAGGCGUGUCUACAUUGUCAGGCGGAAACGUUGAAAACCCUGAAACAGUAGAUAACAGCAGUCCAGUUUCAUACAAGGCAGAAAUUUCUACUAUUGACAAUGAUGAUCCUUUUGCGGAGUUCACUGAAGGUAGUCAGAGUCGAGUUAUGAACAUAGCUCAGGCUUCUGAUAAUUCUCCAAUUAAGACACUAGAUGCCUCGGACAGUUUUGUGCCAUUGAGAAUGGAAAGAGAUAGAGUGCCUGAUUUCCCAUUUGAACCGCGGAGAUACCACUCGAGAGACAGUGAUGAGUCCUACAGAUUCUCGCGUGAGAGAUACCAUGGCAAAAUGAUGAGAAGCCCAAGGUUAAAUUUCAUGCCGGACAAGAGAAGAUUUUCUGAUAAAACAGAAGGCAAUCUGCAUGACCGUGAUACAAAAAGUAAUUUCAUAUCUAAGUUUUUCGAUGGAGGAACGAAGCUCACUGUUUCUAACAUUCAACGGGACUCUCAUCUUAUGAAUGCAGACUUUGAGUUCGAUAACCAUGGAAGCACUCGUCGGGGUGGUGCUUUUAUGAGUAAUUUUCACAGAGGGAGACGGCCUGCAAACGAUGACGCAAACCCUUUUCCCCACUCAUUUACGAGAAGAAACCCUAACUUUUCCUUUACUCAAAGAGGACCAACAAAUAAAGAGGAUGCAUCUGCAUUUCACGGAUGUAGAGAUGGUGAAAAAUUCUCAAGGGGGUUACAGUCCAACAACACGGAGCCAAUGUUUAUGGGUCAGCAACGUCCGUAUCAAGGUCGGAAUGGUUUUGGUCGAGGACGAACCAAUUUUUCAAACAACCAUAAACGAAGCUUUCCUGGAUUUCGUUCAAGGUCUCCGAUUAGAUCAAGAGAAAGAUCAGCUGGUCCAUCUUCGUCUUUCAGGAACAGAUCACAGGAAGACUUCAGUGGGCAUACAGACUUUUCUCAUCGGAGAUCACCCUCAGGCUACAGAAUGGGGAGGAAUAGCUCGCCUGAGCAUUCUGGUAAUCCAAGAGAAAUGGGUGUGAGGAGGCACAAUUCUCCACCUUACUCGCAUAGACCAUCAAAUGCUGGAAGGGGCCGGGGUUAUCCGAGGGGCAGAGGAUAUGCAAGGGGCAGAGGUUAUGGGAGAGAUGGCGUCUCUUUUAGGAAACCAUAUGAUCGUGUUGUACAUAGAAACCAUGGAAACUUGAACAACUUGGACCCUCGAGAAAGGGUCGACUACGGUGAUGACUUCUUUGAAGGACCGAUUCAUUCUGAACGAUUUGGUGUUGAUGUUAAUGCUGAGAGAAGACAACAAUUUAGUUAUAGACAUGAUGGUGGCAGCUCUUUUAGACCAGCUUUUAACAAUGAUGGUUGUGCACCUACUAGUGCAGAGAAUGGCCCUGAUGCUGUGAGAUUUGGACAGGACCCUGGUAUUGGAAUAGUAGAAGGACAGGAGAUUUCAAUGGAAAUUGACGAGGAAAAUAAGAACUCAACUGAGAAUACAUCUGGAAGAACUAGGGAUGUGGAAGAGGAAAAUGCAACGCAGAGUGAAAUUUGGCAACGGGAUGAGCCUGGUGGUGACGGGUUUUAGAAGAACGAUUAGUGUUUUCUUAUUGCGUGAACCUUCUAAGUGGAUAGUGAAUCAGGUAUCAGACGGAAGUUAUGUGAAUUUGCCAUGGCCGAGACCAGUUGGUGACUGAUUACUGUGGGCAUUCCAAUAACUGAUGUGAAGGGACACUCUGCGAUAUUUAUUGGCUGUGUAUAUAGAGCACUUCUCUUGUGGUAUUAUAAUCUAGUUUUCGUUGCCUUUCGUGCUCUGCACUGUAGCACUGUCCGUGAUAAACGUGGAAUGGUAUACAACUGAAGCAAGAUGGUGGAAACACCUGUGGGAAUUGUUCAGGCAGAGCGUGACUGGUCUAACAGAUGUGAGACGAUGUUAGAAGAGACACUUUCCUUAUGUUAAAAUAGAGACCAGAGAUUUUCACCCGAUACAAUUACUUAGACAGGAGAACUAUGCAGGUUUUUGAUUAAUGAGACUCUUUGCCAAAGCACUACUAGAGUGCUACUCGAAAGUUAAGCCUGCCAAGACGAUAACAAUAUGAUCUGUUAUGGAAUGUGUAAAAGAUGUAUUCUUCAAUGUAAAUAGCGUGUAAUUGAGCUCCAUUUCAACAAUUUUGUCAACAAAUUAAUUAAAGAUAUACAACAAAGAAUUUAAAGAGAAAUACAGUAUACAAACAAAAGCAAACCAAAGCUUCACAUCAGUCCUCCACCUUGAGAUCAAACUGAGUUUUUGUUUUGUUACCUCCUCUUGUUCUUGCUGCCCAAAAGCAGAGAAAAGUAGAACAAGAUUCGAAAGAAGAAACCCCAAGCGACCGUGACCCACAAGCAAUUCCAUUUGCUGAGAUCCGUAACGCCUUGCUGCUGCAAAAUGUCGUAUCCUGUUGUCAAGCAAGUGGAGCCUGUGAUUCUCAUCCCAAGUGAUUUGCUCAUCGUUGCAAGAAGCCUAACUUUCAUCCCCUGAGGCACCGCCACGAGAGGCGUGUUGUCGAAUAUCUGAACUCCUCUGACGAAACACUUUGUCGGAUCGCUGAACUCGUUUAUGAGAACAGCUUCGUAAGGGUACUUGACUAGUGAGAUGUAAUGGAACCAGAUCCAGUAGGAAGGGAUUCGAUCUCGGUUGAUGAAGAAUCCGCUGAAAAGCAAGAAAUAGGCUAAGAUGGCUACCACAAUGGUGUAACCGAGCAUUACAUGUGGGACAACCCCUGACAAGAAGGUGACGAAUGAGCUUCCUGCCCAGAAAGCGGCCAGAACUAUUAGGAAGUAGAAGAGGAAGCCCAUGAGGCCUCCAUCUAAUCCCACGCCCCAGAACGUGGUUGCUGCGAAAGCGAGCGAGAGGAUGAUCAAGGAAGGGAGAGCCACAAGAGAGUGAGAUAGUACAUAGGAGGAUCUUCGGUAUGCGUUGUAAGCGGUUUCUCUCAUGAAAAUGAAGCGUUCUUGGAGGAAAACUGGUAGAGCGUCUGCGCAGGUGUAGAACGUCGUGGACAUUGCAAAGGCGAAGAAUCCGAGACGUUCUUGGACUCCUUUAGGGGAGUUAUCGAGCUGCCAAAACAUGGUGGCUAAGAUGAAUCCAGUGACUAGAACAGCUCCUAGGCGUAUCCCGAAUAGCUCAGGCUGUCUGCGAUAGUUAGUCAUGGACCGUUUGGCUAGAACUAAAAGUUCGACCCAGAACGGGUUUGCGAAUGUUGGAAUGGUGGAAACAGGGCUCGAACCAGCAGUAGUAGUAGUCGUCGCACCAGAGACGAGCUUUCCUUUGGAAAUGCUUGCGCUGAUGGCUUCUUUCAAGGACAAGCCGGUGUGAGUUCUUGGCUCUGCUUUCCUCUGUCUAAACCCUUUGUUGAACUCAACUAAACUUCUCGUUCCACCAGCGGAUCCUUCGAGCUCUCGGAUCAAAUCCAAGGCGAACUCGGUGCGGUUCUCGUGUUCGGGAAUCGGGUGGCCAAACUCGGCGAAGAAGCGCGGCAGCAUCGCGGGUGAUCCGCUGAAGACGGUUUGGCCACGGGACAGGAAGAGAAGACGGUCGAGCAAUCGGAGGAGACGGUAACUUGGUUGGUGAAGCGUCAUGAUCACCAUGCUUCCGCUCUGUGCGAUUCGUUUUAGAACCUUAACGACACUGAGUGCGCUUGUCGAGUCAAGACCCGAGGUUGGUUCGUCGAGGAAAAGCAGAAUCGGGUCGUGGAUGAUAUCGAUUCCGAUGGAUACUCGCCGUCGCUCUCCUCCAGAGAUUCCACGGUGGCCUUCAUCUCCGAUGAUCGUUUUGGCCGCGUUCCUAAGUCCUAAUUGGUCGAUCAAGGCUUGGACGCGGAGAUUCUUCUUUGACUUCGAAAGGCUUCGCGGAAGACGAAACUCGGCGGCGAACAUUAGGGUUUCUUCAACCGUGAGCAUCGGGAAGAGGAGGUCGUCCUGCAUCACAUAAGCUGAGAUCGCCUUCUGCAUUUUCGAGUUGAGAACUUCGCCGUUUAGAGUUACGUUUCCUUUCAAGCUUCCUUUGGCGAUUCGAUUGGCCAGUGCGUCGAUCAGAGUCGACUUCCCGGAGCCACUUGCCCCAAGCACAGCCAGUAUCUCUCCGUCUCUAGCCUCUCCGGAGAUUCCGUUGAGAAGCGUCUUCGUCUUGGAAGAGAAGAGCCCAUCUGACGAACCUCCGAUGAUGGGAUCUGAAGGGACGCGCCUCCACGCGAACUUCCGACAAACUUUCACGCUGUAAGUGAGAUCGUUGAAGGAGAGAACGAACGGUACGGAUCGGUCCGGCGAGGCAAGAUCCACAUCAACGUGAUGCUGAUGGUGGCCACCGUUAGGCUCAGUCGUCGUGUCGCCGACGUUCUUCAACAGCUGUCCGAACGUUGGAGAAGAAGCGCCUGAGCAGCUGGAGAGAUGGUUAGGCUCCGGCGAGAAGAAUGGAAGCGCCAUAUUGUCGUCUGCUGCUACCACGCGGGACAUACUUUGGGUCUGUGUGAAGAAGCGGGAAAACCAAUAAACAGAAAAAAAAAAAAAUCUGACGGCGUUAAAACCACCGUUAGCGGGAGAAGAAAGAGGAAAUGAGAGUUUCCUUCUGUGUAUGGGAUUUUACCAACGAUAUAAUUUCUGUUUCUAUUUAUAGAUUGGUUUCUCAAUGUGGUUGGGCCGUUUAACA